UAUCAACAUUUCCCCUUACUUAGGGAGCUCCAGACAUGGAGGUCUGCUUUUUGAUAUCCCUGUUCCUGAAUGUAUUUGUCAUUAAAGGAGGUGGAGAGAAUGGGAGGGGGCUAUCAGUAUAAAACAUCCAGUCUCAGCGAGACCACUCCAAAGCACACUGUGUGUAAUGCUGGGCACCGACUUUACAGAGUAACCAACAAGAAACUGCAGCACGAAUUUAGCUUUUAAACAUCAUUGUCUAUCAUGUGGAGUUUAGUGAACAUUUCAAAAGGACAUCAGUUCUCCCUAAUGCUGUGUGCAUUGUGUUUGAUUGUCCAAUGGAGUUGUCACAGUUCAGCACAAGCCAUUGACACAACUCCAACCGUUGCUGCAGCAAAGAACAACAAUACACUAUCAGGUGUUCCUUCUACAAUCAAAAGUACACUGAAUAAUUCUGAAGACUUAAGUACUCUUGCUGAAAAUUUAACUAUCCAAUCAAGAACAGAUAAUUUGAUCAGUGCCACUUCUGGCAGGAUACAUUCUGAAAGUGAGAUCAGUCACCUUGAAACUACUCUACUUCCUGCAAAAGUAAAUGGGGCAGAUGAACCAAAGUCAGAAAUGCAGGAUGGUAAGGUAUAUUCCAAAACAGGCCCACCUAAGGUGUUAAUCGCAUUGCUUGUAUGUGGUUUGUGUCUUGCUGCAAUAAUUCUGGCUGUGCACUAUUGGAUGAACAAGCGGACUUGGAGCCCACAGACCAAGAGACUGGAUGAAGAGCCUGAUGCACAGGAUCAUGAUAGCACAAUGUUUUCUCCCACUUCAGAGGACCAAUCAGAUGCACAUGAGAAGCCAAAACUGAAUGGGGAAGCACAGGAGAAUGGGGAGAACCAAAGAGCUGGGGCAGGAGCAGCAACAGGAAAUGGCCACCAGAGGAAGAAAGCAGAGGAAGCGGACACAGAACUGUAACUCACAAUGGAAAGAAAUCAAGGUCUCAUUGUCUGAUUCUCUAAUUUAUGACUCUAUGCCUGGUACUAUAUGCUUGGCUUACAGAACCGAAGAAUAAUCAUUUGAUUUUAAAAUGAAAUUAAAACAGUUGCUCACACAAAAAA